CCGAGGCCCAGGGGGAGGUGGCCUGUCGCGGGUCGCCCGGCUCCCGGAGGCGAAGGGGGCGCGGGCGGAUGGCGGAAGGUGGCCAGCCGCAGCAGCAGCCGCCUCAGCUCGGGCCGGGCGCCGCCGCCCGGGGCAUGAAGCGGGAGUCGGAGCUGGAGCUGCCGGUGCCCGGAGCGGGGGCAGACGGACCCGAGCCCGGCCUGAGCAAGCGGCCGCGCACCGAGGAGGUGGCCGACGGCGGGAUGCAGAACGAGCCACUGACCCCGGGUUAUCAUGGAUUCCCAGCACGGGACGGCCAGGGUAACCAGGAGCCAACAACAACUCCUGACGCAAUGGUUCAGCCUUUUACCACCAUCCCGUUUCCACCACCUCCACAGAAUGGAAUUCCCACAGAAUACGGAGUGCCACACACUCAGGACUAUGCCGGCCAGACCAGUGAACAUAACCUGACACUCUACGGGAGCACACAGCCCCAUGGAGAGCAGAGUAGCAGUUCACCCAGCAACCAGAACGGAUCUCUCACGACAGAAGGCGGAGCACAGACAGAUGGACAACAGUCACAGACACAAAGUAGUGAAAACUCAGAGAGUAAAUCCACCCCCAAGCGACUACAUGUCUCUAAUAUCCCCUUCCGCUUCCGGGAUCCCGACCUUCGGCAGAUGUUUGGGCAGUUUGGCAAAAUCCUAGAUGUGGAAAUCAUCUUUAAUGAGCGCGGCUCCAAGGGAUUCGGGUUCGUAACUUUCGAGAAUAGUGCUGAUGCAGACAGGGCCAGGGAGAAAUUGCACGGCACCGUGGUAGAGGGCCGUAAAAUCGAGGUGAAUAAUGCUACAGCACGCGUCAUGACCAAUAAGAAGAUGGUCACGCCAUAUGCAAAUGGCUGGAAGUUAAGCCCAGUAGUUGGAGCUGUGUAUGGUCCUGAGUUAUACGCAGCAUCCAGCUUUCAAGCUGAUGUGUCCCUAGGCAAUGAGGCGGCUGUACCCUUGUCAGGAAGAGGAGGCAUCAACACUUACAUUCCUCUAAUCAGUCUCCCUUUAGUUCCUGGCUUCCCUUACCCAACUGCAGCCACCACGGCAGCUGCUUUCAGAGGAGCCCAUCUGAGGGGCAGAGGGCGGACAGUGUACGGUGCAGUCCGAGCGGUACCUCCAACAGCCAUCCCCGCCUAUCCAGGUGUGGUUUACCAGGACGGAUUUUACGGUGCUGACCUCUAUAUAGAAUCUGCAAACUGCUUCAGAUCAAACAGGGUGGAUAUGCAGCCUACAGAUAUGCACAGCCUGCUACUGCAACCGCAGCCACAGCUGCUGCAGCCGCUGCAGCCGCUUACAGCGACGGUUACGGCAGGGUGUACACAGCUGACCCCUACCAUGCCCUCGCCCCUGCCGCCAGCUAUGGAGUUGGCGCUGUGGCGAGUUUGUACCGAGGUGGCUACAGCCGAUUUGCCCCCUACUGAAGUGACGUGAGACCCCUGCAAAUGGGACAGCCCCCAGUUCAUGAGGCCUGGCUGCUGCAAUAUUUACUAGUAGAGGACUCUAUAGCAAGAUGAAGGGGAAA